AUGUCUUAGAUCAAUAUCUAAUAGGAUUUCGAUUAAAUUUAAUGCCAAUUCAAUCACAAAUCUCCUAUUCUAUUUUUUGUUUUGGAUAUUUCUCAAGAUGUAAAAGCUAAAUUCUUUUGUCAAAAAUGCUUAACUAUUUAGACUCUACCCAAUAAUGCUAAAUCAUUUGAUAAGGCGAAAGAAAAGAUACUAUAACAGAAAUAAUAAUAGCUAGAAAUAACAAAAAUAUUAAUUUAGAAGAAAGUAUAAUUGAUAGAACAAUUAGCAAUUGAAAUCGAUAGUUUCAAAACAUUCAUUAUGCAAUAGAUAGAUUAAUCAAAAUAGGAUAUUAAAUUGUGGAGGCAAUAAUUAGAGAUAUCUUACUUGGAAGAAAAGAAUAUCAAUUUCGAAUUAGAAAUGAAAUCAUUUCAUCUAAAUUCAGAAGAGUAUAAAUUAAAAGAGCAUAUCAGAAUUGAGCAAAAGCUAUUAAAUUUCAAUAGUUCGUUCAAUCAAAAGUUAAGCCUCAAAUUAAAGUGCUUCUUUGAUUUAGAGGAAUUUAAGAAAUGUUAAUAACUAAUUGAUUUAAGUGUUGAUCAAUCUGAAUUACAACACUUACUUCUAGAAUAGGAGGAAUUUAAGCUGAAUCAAACAUUUGUAAUUCAAAAUUUCCCAAACAAAUGGUUCCUGCUCGGAAAUUUUGAUUACAUCUAGGAUAGUAUAAAAUAUCAUCUUUUGAAUUGGAGAACUUACCAUUAGAAUACUGUGGAUAUUGCAAAAUUUUACGACGAUAUGGAUCAUAAUUACGAAUUCCUGACCUACUUGUUUCCCAACUUUUAUAAAAGUAAAUAUAACCAGAAUAGUAAAAGACUAACUCUAUAAGAGCGAAACGAAAUCAUAAAUAAUGAAUAAGUAAAACAUAGUCAUUCAGUUUUAGGUGACAAAAUAGUUAGUUGAAAACUUUUAAAUGUAUCUGUGUUAUGCGGGACUUUAAAUGUAAGAAGAUAAAAUAAAUGUUUAGAAUGAGAAACAAUUUAAAAAAUUUAGAAAUUUCACUAAUAUGUAGGGGUUGUAAAGAGUAAUCUCAUCAUUUAGUGUUUUGAAUUAAAGGAAGAAUGCAUUGUUGCUUGUGAAAUUCAUAAAGGAAAUUGAUUUCUUUUAUUCGAAUAAAUUCAUUUAUUAUGAUCGGUUGUAGGAAGAGGGUAAUUAGGAUUAAGAUGCGUUGAGUUUCGAAUUAGUAAAAGAAUAUUAUGUGCAAUCGGACAUCAUGGAUUAAAAAUGGGUAACAUCUAAGAUUUUAACACAUGAAACUUUGGCUGUUUGA